AUGAGCUCAAGCUCACAACUUCACUGGUCGACGGAUCUCCUAGCCGAAUGCUACAAUUCCAUCCAAACCUCGGGCUCAAUAGAUCAUGACACCCUUUUCACAUUGAAGAAAGACCUUCUGGAUCUCUUGAAGAUUCCCAGCAAGAAUGAAGAAUCCCGCAAGAGAUUGAGCGACGAGUCCAAGCCUACCCGUCUCUACAAUGGUGACGAGUUCAAGUUCAACAGCCAGUUCGUGGAAGAAACAAUCUUGUUGUCGAGCGAGUUUGAUUUGGACGAAGUCAUGACCGCUGAGUUGGCCCUCCAUGCCCAGCCCGAAGGGCACCAAAAGGGAACCUCCUUCAAAGACACCACGAGAUAUGCAUUUUACGCAAGAUACCAAUACAUAUUGAACAUCGUGGGGUACCUCGCCUCAAACAAUUCAUUGCAUCUGACCCUUGAACCCAACCAGUUCGAAGGACUCUUCCAGACAGUUCUCGAUAGUUUUGAGAAAAUAUACAAGUUGGUGAACUUUCAGAAUGACUUGAUAGAAAAGCAGAAAGUCACAAGCAACAUCAAUGAUCUCCUCUUCAUCAAUGCCAUCAGCUUCUCCAAGUCCCAAUUGUUCAAGUGUCACGAAACUUUGAGCUUAAUCUUAUACACGUUGAUUGAUAACUACUUUGAUCGUUUCGGGACCCUUUCAUUCUACACAAAGAUCAUGGACUUCGCAACCAAAAACAUCCAAAAUGACGAUUCGUUGUCGGUCCAGUUUUUACCUGUGAUUUUCAAAUUCAUUAUCAACUUAUUGAGCUCAGACGAUGAAGCAAAGGUUGACAAGUUCCAUAAGUACAUCACUUCCGAGUUAUCCAAAUCAUAUAAAACCAUCGCCAACAAUGAUAUCGUGGACUUGACCAACUCUAAUAUGACUGGACUUCAAAUUACUUCUAGUAUGAUCUUUUUCACAUUCUUCACUACCUGGUGCAAGCAAAGCCAAGCACGUACUGACAAGUAUGAUUUCAAGGAAGACAUUGUCAAAUAUAUGGAGUGGGCAAUUAAUUUUGAUUUCAUGGAAUGGUUAUUGUGUUACACAUCCGAGUCCUGUCAUCCAAAGACACUAGAGCAAUACGAGUGGAGCAAUGUUUACGAUUUCAGGUCCUUGUUGCAAAAAACAUGCCCCAAAUUGUCUCCUAAAAAGUUUAUCUAUCCUAUGAGUCAAGACUUGCUCCAGUUGAAGGAGUCAAAACAGGGCUACGAAAAUGUUUCGAUUCUCACUGAUUUGGCACCGUACAAGAUUAGCGAAAGUUCAAACGAGUCUCUUUUGGCACCAUUCUUCCAUAAAUUUUUUGUGGAAUUCGUGACAAACGCUGCUCUUUUGCUCAUCCUGUUGAGAGAUAGCGAGGAAGAUUUCCUUUUAUCUUCUAUGAACAGAAAACAACUUCAAGAAACUGAAAGAGGUGAAGGUGAAAUCAGACCUGGAGAUGAAGAUGAUAUCGAGAAGUCUUCAAAUAUAUCCGAAGUUGACAAAGAUACGUUGGACUUGGAUGAAAUUUCCACUAGAUCAGACUUGGAAAGGUUUUACUUGGCAUUCGCUUACACAUAUUCUAAUAGAAGUGAAAUAUGCUCCUUGUUUUGGACAUCUGAGAGCGUUUCAAACGAUAUUAUGGGCUUCUUUUCAUGGGGAUUGAGCAACAAUACUUCUCCUCUCAUCACCGCCACCUUUUGCUUAUUAUUAGGAUCUUUAACUUCUGGUGGAAAUGAUUCAGCAUCUAAAAUUUGGGAAAUUCUCAUAACCAACAAUCAUUCCUCGAUGAAGAAAAACGAUUAUUCAAAGAUCUCCAUAGAUUCAAUUCUAAACUCCUUGAAUUAUUAUAUCGACUCGUUGAAAGAGAGGUUUGAGGAAAACUUGACUGAUAAGCUCAAACAGCAACAGAAGAGACAAGAAUUCUUGUUCUCCAGUAAUUCGGUUAAACAAGAUAAUUUGUCACAAUCAAAGGACAACUUGGUUAUCGAAUUGGCCGAAGAUUCUUUAGUUUUCAUUUCUGGAUUUGUUCAGCUUAUCUCCUCAGUGUUUAAGAAUUUGUCGUCAGAUUCAAAAGAUAUCAAACUAGCUGCUUUGAACCGAUUCUACCCUAUCAUCAAUGGCUUCUUAUACUUUGACAACUUAAUAACUGGAGGCAAAAACUUGAGUGUCGAUGUGAACUCGAACAAUACUCAGAAUCCUAAGUAUGUUGAUUUACCUAACAUAACAAUCAGCGAGGAAAACAGAGUUAUAUUGAUCAACUUGAUGCUCAACCUUUUAAACAAUAUUGUUGAGGAUGAGCAAGAUUUGAGCAUUAGAUUCAAAGUAUGGGAGAUACUUGAUCGCUGGUUGUAUCACGGAAUGAGUGAAGGAGAAAAUCCUUCAAACUCAAUUCAAAAAGAUCCAUUUUUGCAUCAGUCCACUAGACCCAAGUAUAUCAAUAAGAGGCUUAUCAGACUCAAUCAAGGCUUUGAAAUCAAGUUAAAAUCUCUCUCGCAAGUGAGCAAUUUCAUCAGGUUAGUGUCAAAUCUAUUGACUCCAUUAUCUAAUCAAAGUGAAGCAUUCGCAAAGUAUUCAUUGUUAUACCCUGUUGAUUUGGGAUCAGGGUAUAGAAUAAAUAACUCUGUUGGUAUUUGGCCAUAUAUUGAAUACUUAAUGGUCGAAGCUUUUGGAAAGUCCAACAGAAUGACUAAUUUUGAAGACCAAACUAAGAUCAAAACUCAAGUUGUCAAGAUUAUCAAGUUUUCUCUUGAAGAGGUUGACUGGGUAUUUUUAACUGAUACUUCAUCGAGAGUUAUUCAUGACCUUACCAACUUUAAUGAAAUCUUUGAGUCUAACAUUUCUGGCCUAAAGUUAGACUACAAGUCAUUUAUCAAGUUGCAUCACUCGAUUCCAAUCUUAAAUUAUUUGUUUGAUGAGAAAGUAUACAAGUCAUUGAUGAGCAUAAUUAAUAUUGGUCAAGAUACUCUCGAUAGAGAUGCAAACGUUGUGAAAUUAGUUGAAACUGCGUUGAAUGUUGUGGAAGAUGUUUUGAAAUUACAGAAUACCUUUAUAAAGACAUUGCUUCCAAUUAUGAAAGACCAAGAGUCAGUCAAAAGUUCUACAGUGGGAACUCAUACAAGUCUUUUCAAUUCUGUUGGAAAGUCUAUUCUCGAUAAUGUUUACACACCUGCUACAAUUGGAACUAAUGGUGUGACCGAUUUCUUUGAAAUAUUGUUGUUCAAUUUAUCUGUCAUUCCCCAAAUCGCGUUGUAUGUCGGCAACUCAAGUUCAGAAAGAAUAGUCUUCUCUUCAAUUAAUAUCUUGAGCAAGAUUUCAUCCUCCUCAUUCUUCAUCACUUCAAAUAAUGAAUCUAUUUUGAGAAAGAAUAGAUUGUUAAGUACGUUCGAGAGUAUUGAUGAAUCCAUAAAGAUCAAGUAUGCUUUCAUUAGUCAAUUUGAGUCGUUGAAUGUGUCAAUGCAAUCCAAGAUCUUGGAAUUUUUACUUGAGAAUCUUCACAAAUCCAAUGGUACCAGUCCUAAUGUCGGACAUUUCCUUUUGGGAUAUGAGAUUCAUGGUGGAAAUUUGUUCUUGACAAAUCCCUCUAGUUCCGAUGAACUGUCUCAUAAUACGCUCUUGAGGGUUUUGUUGAAUACCUUGGAAGGCAACCUUACCAAUUUGGGAGAUGGUUUCAAUGUACAAGCCGGACCUUCUAAGAUUUCAUCAUUGAUCUUGGAAACGAUUAUCAAACUCAGCCAAGACGCGAUUAGUUCUCAUGUAACAUUGACUUAUUUGAGAGACUUCCACUCCCUCUUCGAGAAGUUGCUUGAUUAUCAGCCUAAAAUCGAUCUUCAAACUUUAUGGGAGGAACUUCCUUUCAACGGGGAUUUGGAUGAGGAAAACAAAUUCAUUGAGUCUGAAGCAAGUUAUCAAGCUCUCUUCUCCUUCAUAAAUCAAAGAACGUUGAUUUUGCAAUACUUAUCAUUGGAGUUCCACAAUAUCCAAUCGAUUACGAAGAAAGAUCAUUAUGCUAAAUUGUUAUUGAAUAUUCAUGAAGACUUUAUUAGUGGAUCAUCGCGAAUUUUGAAUUUCUUAGAUGUGUUGAACUUCAAGUUUAAGAAUUUCGAUAUCACUGAUGGUGAGAUGUUGAAUCAAAAGUUCGAUUUGGAGACCAUUGUUGAAGAUGUUAAAGGAUUCGAUUUCAAGUUGGAUUUUGGCAUCUUGGACAAAAUUGUGAAAAUUGUCAUUGUCCCAAGUAACCAAAAUACUCAAUUGAGCCAGACAUUCAUUUCACAACCCGCAAUUGAUACUUCUGCUUUGACUUCUGAGAUUAUUGUUGAAUCCAACAAGCUUCACAACUUCAUCAAUAAAUUCAUCCUUUCGACUAAUUUGAGAAACAUUCAAUUGAAAUGUUUGCACUCAUGGUGUCAGUUAAUUGAGAUAUUGAUCACCGAUCCAAAAAUCUCAAGACAUCACUUUAUUCUAGAAGUUCUUCAGAUAAUCUUACCCAAGAUCAAUGACUACUUGGAGACCGAUAUCCUAUUCUCUGAAGAAUUGAUUUCUUUAAGUGUUUUGUUGUUCGAUUUGUACGACAAGGAGAUUCUUGAGAAGAGUGCCAAUGAAGACUUUCUCCAGGGUAUGCAAAGACUCACUUCAUUGUUCAAGACAUGUAUUACAGGUAUUUUGAACUCAAAUUCUACUCCUAAUUUGAGAUCAAACCUCUAUGUCUUGACCAACAAGUUCUUAUUGAAGGUAUUCAAGAAUCAAUCUAUGAUCGACGAAACCUCUUCGAUUAUUAGAUCGAUAGACAAGAAGUUCAUUGAAAUCAUAUUGAACGACUCAAUUUAUUCUGAAGGCUCUUCAAGAAUCACUUCGAUUUUAUUGUUGGAAAGUUUGAUUCAUUUGUCCUCGUUCUCAAAUCAGAACUUCGUGUUGAAGAGAUUGAUCAAGAACAACUCGUUGUUGUUAUUAGUGAAGUCGAUCAAAAGAACUGAUGAAAUGAUCCAAAGUUUACAGAAUGGCAAAGGAGGCGAAGGCAUCAGUCUUGAAACCUUGUUGUUUGAAUUGACUGCUUUCAAGUCAACGUUAUACUUCCUUAUCAGAGUAUCGCAAUCCAAGCCUGGUGCCUUGCAAUUGAUCCAAUGUGAAAUCUUCUCCAUAAUUAAGCAAUGCUCAAUUUUGAAGAUCAAUCCCGAUCUUGGAAUGAGUUUGAACUUAGGCGACCACCAAGACGUCAAGAUUAGUUUGGUCUUGGAUGCACCUGUUGGAUUCAAUGAAUUGGGACCAGGCAAGAACUCCAACAAUGUCUCUUACUUCGAAUUCUUGGUGCCAAUUUUCCAAUUGGUGGUGUCCAUCGUAUUAUCCAUGGGCCCCACAUACAAGCCAAGUUUGAUCCAAUGCAAGGACUUGUUGAAGACCUACGACAGCUUGGUUGUGGGUAUCAUGAAGCGUGAUCUCUUGAUUGAGAACAACCAGCACCACGAAAGCUACAAAGAAGACCUGAUUAAUUUGAUUGGCCUCAAGGAGGUGGUCAAGUUGUUGACAAUCUUGGAUUCGUUGAUUCACUAUGAGGAGUAG